CGCCCUGUGUCUCGCGCGGCCCGCUCCUCUCGCCGAGGCGGCGGCGCGAGGCUCCUCGCCGCCCGCAGGCGGCGGCAGUUCGGCGGCAGCGGCGCGGGCCUGAAGGCGCUCGUGGCGUGCUCGCUUGGGGUGAACUCGCUCCUGCUGGCCAGGUGGUGGCGGAACAGCGCCACGGACAGCGCCACGGACCACCUUCUGGCGAAGUUGGAGGCCGUGACGGAGCUGGUCCCGGGCCUGAGCGUCACGGACAUGCACGUGGCCGGCGUGGCAGCCUGGCCUGCUAACGGCAGCCAGGCCGGCCUCGGCGCGAAUUCCGCCGCUGCCGCGCCGGCCCGCGCUCUGGCGGAGUCAGGCAUCACCAGCAUACGCAGCGCCGGCUCCGACAAGACCGUGGAUCUUGUCGACUUGCAGACGGCAAACAGGGUAUCCAGCUUGCAGGUGCUAGGCGAGGCCAACGGGCGGCACAAGAGCGCGGCGCAUCCUGCGAGAUGGGCACAGGGAGCGUUGUGCAUGACAUGCAGAUACCAGUGCCGCACCCACGCGAGGCUGGUCCAGCACCUCCAGGCGACUCAAUCAUGCGUUGUGCCAUGGAUGACAGCCGUGCCAGCGCUCAACGGCGACGAGACCGAGGAUAACCGCGAGGACUAUCAGCGCGAAUCCCUUCGAAACCCAACCGAUGUAGAUGCAGCCGUGGACGUGGCGCUCGCCGGCGUCUGGGGGCGGGGCGAGAACGGCGAAGUGGCGGGGGGCGGCAGGGUCGCGAACUACCAGUGGGAGAACGCGGACAUGUGCGUCGACUUCAACGCCCCGCUGCACUGCGACAUCCAUUUCGGUCGGCGGCGCGAGCGCCCGGCAGAUCCCGGCGCGGCGUCGAGUCAUCCGCCGUCUGCCGGGGAGUGCGCAUUCGCGGCGCUUGGAGUCGAACCAGAAUUAGCGCCGACCAUCGCGGAAGGAGGUUGGAUGAACGCGCUCUACCACGACCGCUGCGCAGUUGCGUAUCUGGGCCAGACCAACGGCAGACGGGAGAGGGGGGCCGCCGGGAGAGCCGCCGACGGCAUCCAGAGCUUCUCCGACGUGAACCGCACUGAACCCGACGUCCCGGACACGGCGGGCCACUGGAUGGCUCCUGUCGCCGCCCUGCCGUGGGCGCGCGCCAAGGAGCUGGCCGGGAACGACCUCGCCUGGCUCCUCCCACCGCAGACGGGGCCCGACGGUGCCGAUAUGAUCAACCUCGAGCAUCUCCACAGGAUCCCCGCUGUCCAAGUAUACAAACGUGCAGACCUACAAGAAGCAGAACGGAAGGUAUCCCAUUCGAAGUCCCACCAGCGCGCCUCCUAUCUGCUGCAUGUGGCAAACGAGAACAGCAGUUUACACGAGCCGAGCGAAGAGCUGCCGCCUCUCCUCUGCCCCGCGGAAGCGCUGGCCAGCAAAGGGGGAAGGGCAAUGCGGCCUUGCAGCGACAAUCUCAUCUUCGCGCAGAAGAAUUUAGAUUUCACGCCGCGGACCCGGGCGGGGCUGCGCGCGCCCGACGGGGGGCCCCACGGGGGGCCCGUAUCAUUGGUCGAUGCCAACGACGAGGAGCCCCACAACCUGUAG